AGUGCUCAUGGAAUAUAUAGCUCGUCUGAUGCUCUUCCAUUGAGCACUAUCGUCCUGCCGCUACCUCUUCUACGAACUGCUCCCUCGACCGUCCCGUACCUACGUACCAGUGAGUUCGAGUUCCGUUUGAAGAAGAUCAUAAAAGAUGGCUGACGCUGAGGACAUUCAACCUCUUGUUGUUGACAAUGGAACUGGAAUGGUCAAGGCUGGUUUUGCUGGUGAUGAUGCCCCAAGGGCAGUUUUCCCCAGCAUUGUUGGGCGACCUCGUCACACUGGCGUUAUGGUUGGGAUGGGUCAGAAGGAUGCUUAUGUGGGGGAUGAAGCCCAAUCAAAAAGAGGUAUCCUUACCUUGAAGUAUCCCAUAGAGCAUGGUAUAGUCAGCAACUGGGAUGAUAUGGAGAAGAUUUGGCAUCACACAUUUUACAAUGAGCUUCGUGUUGCUCCUGAAGAACAUCCAGUACUUCUUACUGAGGCACCACUCAAUCCCAAGGCCAACAGAGAGAAGAUGACCCAAAUUAUGUUUGAGACUUUCAAUGUGCCCGCUAUGUAUGUUGCUAUCCAGGCCGUCUUGUCUCUCUAUGCUAGUGGACGUACAACAGGUAUUGUGCUUGAUUCCGGUGAUGGUGUGAGCCACACAGUACCCAUAUACGAAGGGUAUGCUCUCCCUCAUGCAAUUCUUCGGCUGGACCUUGCUGGUCGUGAUUUAACUGAGUACCUGAUGAAAAUUCUUACGGAGAGAGGAUACUCUUUCACCACCUCUGCUGAACGGGAAAUUGUUCGUGAUGUGAAGGAGAAAUUAGCAUAUGUUGCCCUUGAUUUUGAACAAGAAUUGGAGACUGCUAAGAGUAGUUCAGCAGUGGAGAAGAGUUAUGAAUUGCCUGAUGGACAAGUCAUUACCAUAGGGGCAGAGAGAUUCCGGUGCCCGGAAGUACUCUUCCAGCCUUCUCUAAUUGGUAUGGAGGCUACUGGAAUCCAUGAAACUACCUACAACUCCAUCAUGAAAUGUGAUGUUGAUAUCAGGAAGGAUCUAUAUGGAAAUAUUGUGCUCAGUGGUGGUUCAACCAUGUUCCCUGGAAUUGCUGAUCGUAUGAGCAAGGAAAUCACUGCUCUUGCUCCAAGCAGCAUGAAAAUCAAGGUGGUCGCACCUCCUGAGAGGAAGUACAGUGUCUGGAUAGGUGGUUCUAUCUUGGCAUCACUUAGCACUUUCCAACAGAUGUGGAUCUCCAAGGGUGAAUACGAUGAAUCUGGUCCAGCUAUUGUUCACAGGAAGUGCUUUUGAGUUGAGUCAAGUGGAGAAGGAUGGUGUCCAAGUUCUUCACCCAGUCUGGUUUCAUGUUUCACUAGUCAAGUUUGGUUGACUUGUUGAUGCGUUGGCUUUUUAAUAGAGGUAUAUCUAGUGGAAUGGAUGAUUGGGUUUGUAAGUUGAGUAUGUUAUAUGUUUUUUCUUAGGUCUCUUAGAAGCCAGACUUUUAUGCAAUUGGCAGAUGGUGUUGGUACUUUGUAGGUUCUGUUUGAUUUGAUUUUUCCUUAUUUUUUUCCCUUUUAAAUGGUUUGGUCAUGAAUUUAGGUGCCUAGAGUUUGGAGGACUAUAAGUUUUGUCAUCUUCUCCGAGUUGGGGAUUUUUGAGUCGGUUCUGUUUAUAUUAAAUUAUUAAUUGUAUGCUUAAUGGGAUUUUUAAGGUUGCUAUGAUUGAUUUGCUUUUCUUA